CAGUGCAAAAGUGAAAACUGUGAAAAGAAUACGGAAAGCUCUUAUACGCAAAAUGGUUGUGCUAGUAGUAUUUUUUUAAUUUUUAAUAUAAAUUUGUAUGUAAUGUUAUUGGAUUUAGUCUAAAACUAAUGUGUUUCACGAAUAUCUCAAAAUUAUAAAUCUACGAAAUUAAUAUGUUUUGUAUGAAUAGUGAUAUUUAAUUGAAAAUGAGUGAAAAUAAUAAUACGAAAAAAGUUGAAGGGGGUCAAAGCAACACUGUGGCUCCUGUUCCACAGCCACCUGCAAAUCAAAGCUGGGUACAAUUUGAUGAAGAUUCCACACAAAAUAAAGAUUCUCCUGCUGUUAUAACAACUGAAAGCGUACAGGUUAAUUUAGAGAGAAGCCUCAGUAAAUCAACUGAUAGUAAUAAUGUUGCUGUUCUGGAUCCAAAACCACUGAGAAAUGUGGAACUACCUGUUGCAACAGUGGAACCUAUCAGACAAGGCUUUUCAAAUGGAGAUAUUAUUGUUACUCUUCUACCUGUAAAUACUCGUUUCCCAUGGGUAACACCAGCACAAUUCCGUCCUGAACUAGUGCCUGAAGAAUUAAUGGCUCAAGGCCUUACUCUGACAGUGGAAGAAUAUGUGCAAGCAAUGGAAUUGUUAGUAAACGAUGUGCGUUUUUCACUUUAUAAUGUCUGCUAUAAAAGAAUUUUGGUAGUAUGGAUAACACUAGCAUUUCUUGUUCUAUUGGGACUAUUAUUUUCGGGCCUGACAGGUCUGAUUCUCUUUGGAUUGGGUAUUGCUUGGCUGGUAUUGAAUGCUGGUGCAAUUUUUCUGUCAAUGUACUUAAAAUUUAAAUUACAAAGAAAUUUAGAAAGGUGUCUGGCCCACGUUAAUAAGCAGCUACUGCGGCAUAAGAUUGUAAUAGCUCUUGAUGAUCGAGGUAAAAUCAGUUGCCAUAAGGUGAACUUAUGUUUCUUGUAUAUGGAUUCAGCUCCAUGUAUUGCACAUCUACAAACUAGCAUCGAACAGCAAGAAAGGGACCCCACAAGUGGUUGGGAACAGCGUAUGGAUAUAACUUCCCAUGAUAUUGUUAUACAAGGCAGUAGAACUACUAGAUUGUCCAGAAAACAGGAGAGAGCCACCUUACUAUACUUACGAUAUAUAUCACGUUGGGGACGAGAUAGAGUUAGGGGUCACUUAGUUAGUCCUCCCGCAGCAGGUGGUCGUCAUUGCGCUUCUCUGACAUGCCCAUGUCAGUUUAUUGAGGAACAUUUACAUUGCAAACCCUCAGGACAUCCCUGUAUGAUUUGUUUCUACAUGUCUGAUAGAAAUGUUCAGUUAGAUUCAACUUCAAGCAUCCCUAUUUAGUAUAAAUAGGAACUGUACUAAAAUAAAUAUAAAACUAACAAAAUAAUUACACAAUAUAUUCCAAUAAUUUAAUUAUACUAACUUAACAACACAUGAUUUAGAAGAUUUUAAGUAUCUUACAUUUACCAAAUUGUAUUAUAUAUAACAAACGUUUAUUACAAUAGAAACGGCAACAAAUAUUCUUCACGUUAUACACAAGAAAAUGCAAAUAUAUAUUACAUUUUUAAAUAAG